CCCCCACUCACUCGCCCACCCACCCACGCCAUUCAAUUUUGCAUCGCCCGUCACUUUGUCGCGCCCGAUGAUGCCAAUGCUUCGGCGCCGACGCUAGAUCAUGUUCCAUCUUCACCAUUCUGCCUUGUCCUCCCCACUCAGGCAUUCAAUCCACAACAGCAUACUACUACGCCCCUCAGCAUCGGCCGCCAACCUCGUUCGUCGGAUUGGUGCUCGAGCAGCACCCAUCACGCCGACACUGGCAACCGCCACUACUCAUCUACUUCACAACACCAACACCACCUCACCACAGCGCCUACAAUGGCUAUCCACCUCCACAACACAUAGUGGCCAACAACCACCGACCACGCCACCCCAACUGCCCAAGCCGCAAUGGGACACACGGAUCGCACAAUUGCGAGGCUCCCCCCACUCGGCAUGGCCACCACCAACAACGCGCGUUGGCCUGCAGCUCAACCGGCCCGAGUUUCGCAGCAGAUCUCGAGGGGUCGACACCGUGCGUCCAUUCCAUGCGACUGCUCGUCGAGAUGCACUGCCUCUGAUCCCUGGUGUACUCGCCAUUGUCAAGGGCACAUCACUCUUGACGCUCGCCACAGCCUUCUCCCGGAUCCUCAUCUCCUUCUUUCCUCUUGGCACACUCGCCACGUUUCGACUGGCACGAGGCGUAACAUGGCUAUCCCAAGACAAACGAGUGCCGACGGCUUCACCCGAGGCAGACGAGUUUUACAAGAUGUGGUGCGAAGGCGAACGUGGCGUGCGCGUCACCAUGGACGAGGCACUUCAGCUCGUUCACGCCCCUGAGAAGGAAACGGGCGGCAUUGAAGGAUUGUUGGCACCAGACGGCCGUGUCGCUUACAGCAUACCACUUCCAAAGCACUGGCGACGACACGACCCGAGCCGCAAGAAACCAGCCGAGGACGACCCCAAAUGCGAACACGACGCUUGGGUCAAGAAGACGCAGCGAUAUAUUCGCGCUUCCUUCUUCUUCCUCCCACCUCUUCCUCCUGUGUCGGUCCGCUACUACAACGAGCUCACCCAUCAAGAGCGAGGGGAGGUCGAUGCGUUGCGGCGGUACUGGAUCAGCUUGCGCAUGUUCAAGGACAGAUUGCGUGUGUCGCGUGUUGUCGUCGCAAUGCUCGUCGGUGUUCCAAUCUUGCUCCUUGUCGGCGUGUGGGCGACCGGUCUGGAGCGCGUACCUCUGACCGGACGAUGGCGUCUGAUUCUUCUCACCCCGGAGGAGGAAGACGUGGUAGCCACAAGUCUCGAGGGUGCCAAUUGGUACAAGAGCGUCAUCAACCUUCUUACCACACCCGAGAAGCCGGCGCCUCCCGUGUUGCCGUUUAGCGAUUGGCGGUGGCAGUGGGUGCAGUCGACGCUUCGCCACAUUGAAUCGGCAACGAUUGCCGCUGCAGAGAGGUCUGAGCAAGGCUUGCCUCGACCAGCAGAUGCGCCUGAUCUGUACCCACCUAAACCUUCUUACCCACUCCGCCCACGACCACGAGUUUCUGCUCGCCUUCACGCCGCUCUCCCUGGUAGCGACGCUAUGUCUGGCCUCGAGCACAUGGAACUCGGCCCGCCAUACAACAUCUUGAUCAUGGAUUCUCCGGACAAGAACGCAUUUUCGUAUGGCUUUGGUGGCAAGGGCGCCGGCGGCAUCGUCAUCUUUACGGGGCUGUUGGACGAGAUCUUGAAGCACAACAAUGCCCCACCACCGCCAGAGCCGGCACCGCAGUCUGGUGGCUUCUUUGGUGGCCUCUUUUCGUCAACACCGCAGAGAGCGAGGGCGACACCGCAGCCGACCGAGGAACAGACGCUUCAUCUGGCCAUGGUGCUGUCGCACGAGAUGGGCCACCUGCUCCUAAGCCACCACCUUGAGACGCUGUCGCAUCAGCAAGUUCUCUGGCCGUCCAUCCUCAACUUCAGUAUCGAUCUCAUCCGCGCGUGCAUCUGGCCCUUUACCAUCUUCCUCGGGCCAACUGUGAAUGACGCUCUGGCCAAUGUGGGCCGCACGAGCGCCGAAGAGAUGUCGCAGAGGCUUGGACACGUUGGAUUCGAGUACAAGCACGAGUAUGAGGCAGAUCUGAGUGCCCUUCGAUUACUCGCACACGCUGGGUUCGACCCGAGGGCAGCAGUCGACGAGUACGCAACCUCGGUCACUCAUCUCGAAGAGAUUGAGAAGGCAUCUUUACCCUGGUGGACUCUAUUCAAACUGUGGGAAUCGUCGCACCCAUCCCCAGAUGAGCGCGUCACAGCGAUGCGGGAAGAGCUUGACCGCUGGGUGCGCGAGGCUCAGAAGGAGAAGGAGGGGAAUCCUGUCAAGGGAGGUAACGACGGGGCGUGGCGCGCCGAGUGAGCGCCCAAUUGAACGUCGGAGCGUUGAGCGUCAAGCGUCUUGGAUGCGUCUUGGUGUAAUGUAUGUAAUUUAGGCUGUAGGAACACUGCUCAUUCGCGGCCGUUAGAUGCAUGGGUCGCAUGUGGACG